UCUCUCCGCUCUUCUGACAAGAGAGGGGGAAAGAAGGGAAGGAGUGUGUGUGUGUUCAUCUAGGGUGUGGCGAUGGAUCCGCCGACGGCCAAGAGCGGCGUCUACAAGAUCGCCGGGGUGCCUGUGGAGUUCCCCUACAAGCCAUAUGGGACGCAGCUGGCGUUCAUGAGCCAGGUCAUCACGACACUGGAGCGGGCGAGCCGGCAGGGCCACUGCAAUGCCCUCCUCGAAUCGCCCACCGGCACCGGCAAGACCCUCUCCCUGCUCUGCGCCGUCCUCGCCUGGCAGCGCAACUACAACCGCAGGCCCAAGCGCCAACUCCCCCCUCCCCCCUCUCGUCAGAUCUCUUCUCCACCGAGCCAUGAGGACCCGUUGGUCUCUGGCGGCGGAUUCAUCCGGGAACCCGAUUCUGCAGGGGAUGACGUCAUGGGGAGAUCGAGCCUCUCUGCUACUGCAGAUGAUAAUAAAAGGGCUAGUAAAAAAUAUGUACCCACAAUCUACUAUGCCUCGAGGACACAUUCCCAGAUAAGUCAAGUUAUUCGCGAGUAUCGUAAAACUUCAUAUAGAGUGCCGAUGGCUAUAUUGGCAUCCAAGAAACGUUACUGCAUCAAUGACCGCGUAUGCAAUAAACAAAAUGUGGAUGAAGAAUGUAAAUUGCUUCUCAAGGACCCCGAUCGUGGAUGUGUUGGAUCUAAAAAUGCCCAUAAAGUUAAAAGCCAUCCUUCUGUUAGGAAAGGUGGCUCACUUGAGGUUCAUGAUAUUGAAGAUCUAGUUAAAGUUGGAAGGGGUAUCCAAGGUUGCCCAUACUUUGGAGCUCAGCUAAUGGCUAUAGAUGCUCACAUAAUCUUUUGCCCAUAUAGCUAUGUAUUAGAUCCUGUUGUCCGCAGAGCUAUGGAUGUAGAUCUUACUGGAGCAAUAGUGAUCUUUGAUGAAGCACAUAACAUAGAAGACAUGGCACGGGAUGCAGGUAGUUUUGAUGCUGAGGAAGAUGUUCUAGAUAAGUUGCAAGUUGAACUGGCACAAUUGAGCUCUGUUGACAAUAACAUUUACCAACCAUUGCAUGAUAUGAUUCAGGGAAUCACUACUUGGAUGGGUCAAAGAAAAGAUAAAUUAGAGAAGUUCGAAUUUGAGCGUCAUUUUUCCUGUUGGACUGGAGAUAAUGCUGUAAAGGAACUUGAAGCUGCUGGCAUUUCUCAACAGUGCUUACCUGUCCUGCAACAGUGUGCCAUGAAGGCGAUCAAAAUUGCUUCAGAUGCAGAGAUAGAUAGGGUCCAUCUGAGUGGCAUGUCCGUAGCAACUUUGGAUGGAUUGAUUUCUGCACUUAGCAAUUUGUUUGCCGGUGGUGGGAUUCAUCUAAUUGAUUAUCAGCUAGCCUUGCAAAGAUAUAUUAAAAGGGAGAGCGGAAGUAAUGCAAGUGGUUGGACACAUUGUUUUAGCCUGUGGUGCUUGAACCCUUCAGUAGUUUUUAGAGAGCUUGCAGACCUAUCCUUAUCUGUGAUACUUACCUCUGGAACACUUUCACCCAUGAGCUCGUUUGCCUCUGAACUUGGAGUCCAAUUUGAGAUAUGCAUGGAAGCGCCACAUGUGAUAAAUAUGGAAUCUCAGCUCUGGGCGGCGGUAGUCUCCAAUGGCCCUGAUAAUGUUUGUCUGAAUGCAAGCUAUAAGACAGCUGAUAACUAUGCUUUUCAAGAUUCACUCGGUGCAUCUUUGGAGGAGAUAUGCAAGGUAGUGCCUGGUGGUGUAUUGGUGUUUUUUCCUAGCUAUAAACUAAUGGAUAAGCUAUGUUGCCGUUGGAAGCAGACUGGUCUAUGGUCUCGGUUGUGUGAAAGGAAGCCUGUUUUUGUUGAACCACGAGGGAGUUCAGAUGAUUUUGAGUCAGUCCUGAGAGGCUAUUAUGGAUCUAUUCGUGGAAUGAGAAAGCCUGUAAAAUUGAAGGGUCGGAAUAAGCGAGACUUCAAGCAUUUGGUUGACGAUGAUUCUCUCCAAAAUGAUCCUAAAGGAGAAGCUGCCCUCCUAGCAGUAUGCCGAGGCAAGGUUUCUGAAGGUAUUGACUUCUCUGAUGAAAAUGCUCGGGUUGUUGUUAUUGUUGGAAUACCUUUCCCUAACAAGAAUGACAUAAAAGUGGUUAUGAAAAAGAGGUACAAUGACAAAUAUAGAUCUUCUAAAAAGCUCCUUAGUGGGAACGAAUGGUACUGCCAGCAAGCAUUUCGAGCUCUGAAUCAGGCUUCAGGUCGAUGCAUACGACAUAGGGACGACUAUGGAGCUAUAAUUUUGUUAGAUGAGCGGUUUAGGGGGGAGAAGAAUGUGGCCAACAUGUCGAAGUGGCUUAGGAAGUCAAUUAAGGAAUAUGACAAUUUCAGCAUGGCAAUCGACGCUCUAGAGAAGUUCUAUCCCAAAGCUAAGGAAAAGGUAGAUGAAAAAUAUGUUAAUAUGAAAACAGCUGCAAUUGGUGAUUCACUUGCUAAUGAAGGUCAUGAGAAAACGACCAACAACUCAGGGAGUGGGUCACAGAAAAAGACAACUCAGAAAGUAAAGAAAAUCUGCAAAGGACAGGAAAAGCAAAUUGCUUCUAGUGAUAAGCUAAUGCCAUUGGAAAACUGCGUACUGAAAAAGCUCUCUGCUGCCAUUAAAGGAAGCAACCUGUUUUAUAGCCCUUCGAGAAAGGAAGAACGCAAUUCUCCUUUGGUUGAUUCUUCUCGUGUAAAAACAAAAACGAUUGAUAGACAGAAACGGGAUGAAAUUAUGGGUACCUCAUUAAGAAAAGCAUCAAGGUCGACAGUGGAGGACAGUGGAAAUUCAACUGGCUCUGACAGUAAACUUUCUAGUGACACAGAAGGGGAGCAUGUUUAUCAUGCCAUGGUGGAACAAGAUGAUAAUUUUCCUGCCACAGCUCCAACUCUUAGUGAAAGUCCUGAUAAUCUGUCUCAUCAUUCAUACAGCUUCAUCACUCCAUCAGGAGUCUCUUCUAAAGAUGCAUUGCUUCCAACUGUUACUCCAGAAAGUACGGUAGGCGCUGAAGACGUUCCAAACCCUGAAUUUGAAUCAUCUUUGAGUCAUAGUGUGAAUUCCUAUCAUCAGAAAAUGAGAAAACCAAUUAGUCUGCAGUUGCACAGGUAUAUGCAAAUGAAUGUCAUUGGAUCCAUAGGAGAUGAAUCUGUAGAAUGUACUGAUUCUAUGAGUAUGCAUAGCUCCAGUCAAGCAAAAUGGAGAACUGGAUUAGCUUAUCAGGAUGGCACUUCAGGUAUUAUGAGUGAAAGUUUCAGGGAGAGCCAUCCAAAAGUUCCAGACAUGGAAAGCUUGAUUGCCCAACCAGCUUCAUGUGAUUUUGGUGAACUUUCAGAGAGAGGUGAAGAUUGCAUUAGAUCUAUGAUGUCAUGCCUAUGUUGCUCAGUCUGUGACAAUCCACUUGGACUAGCAGAUGAGCACUUUCUUGUGAAUUGCUCAUUUUCUUCAUCUUCAAAAUAUUGUCUCAAGAGUCUCAUGAAAACUGCAUUGGUUACUGGAGAUUCUGAAGAAUCUCUUGUUGGAAGUGACCCUGGGCUUGUACCAAUUAUUAUUUCUGACGUUAACUCUAUUGAUUGCCGAGUUAGCCACAAAAGAGCCACAGUAAAUGAUCCAAAUGAGGACAUCUGGUCUGAGGAAGAUGGGUGCGUGUUCCGACCUGUCUAUUGCCCAUACUGUAGUAUGUCCAACCCUUGCCUUGGGUUGCAGGUCAUGGCAACAGAUACAUCAAAUAUCCAUUUACUGGAAAAGAUUCUUUUUCUCGAGAACCGUGUCACUGCCAGGAUCCAUGAUGCUGAGGUUUCAACGUUGGCUGAUGGAUCAGUCUCUGUCGCAGCUUCAGAUCCAAGUCUAUACCAGAAAAAUUCAUGUCUUGUGGGAUCUACGAGUGUUGGUUGUGUAAUGGCCAAACACUCAAAGGUGGUUAGUUGCAAAUUUGUACUUGUGAUGUCAAUUUUUUUGCUCUUCCUUGUGAGGCUAAUCGUGUUCUAAUGCUUUCUAGCUGAGGUUACCACGGAAAGAAUCAGGUUCGUGAGCUGCAGAUUCAGGCUGGUGCAUGUGUUUAUCGAGUGAGAAAUUGUCCAUAGUGUAUAAAACUACCUUUUCUUAUAUAAGUGAUCAAGAUUGAAACUGCAAAUAUGGCAAGGUCCAUCAUGUUUACGCAGGUGCAGACAACUGAGCAGAACGAAACUAUCAAAUUGUUCGAGAUUGGGACGGACAAUCAGAUGGCUGUAAUGAUAUAUCAUUCGGCUGAAAGCAAAGGCUUUCAGUUGACAUGGCGAUAGCAACUUAAGCCACACGAUCGUAUUCUCUGUCUGCGAUGAUGACUGUCAUGUCGUCAACUGGUUGCCAUGCUAAUCUUCCUUAUGAGGGAACCUGUAUGUAUCCACAUAUUUACUAGUCCCUAUUUAGAAUUGGAAUUUCCUCAGCAGAUUCCUUUUCCAGAUGCAGUGGCAGCUUUAGGAAAAGGGUGAUUAACCGUGAUUUGUUGGUUGCGGAGAAAAAAAACUGUGUAUAUGAGAUUUUCCAUAGAAUCGCUAUUAUUACGACUAAUUGAAGCAAUAAUUUCUUCUUC